AUACGGGCGCACAGGGGUACGUCUGACGUAGGGACGUAAAGAGACGGGGCUUUCGGGGGAAGAGAGACGUCGCAGUCGCCAUUACCGUCGGAGCCAAGGUCGGAGAGGAGAAGAUCCCCACGGAAAGCUCACUCGAGAAAUUUUCUUAAAUUACCUGUAUUUUGAAGGAAUCGGUAUACUAAUAUUUUCUGUGGGUGGAACCCUUUGUGAUUUAUCCAGAGAUUUUAAAAUGUGCUGUGAUUUGUGAAGAACUUUUGAAUAAGUAGCCACAAAAUGGGUCGCCACUUUGGAAACUUAAUCAAAUUGCGGCACAUUAUCACCUAUACCAUCUCUCCCUUUGAACAGAAGGCAUUUCCAAAUUAUUUCUCCAAAGGCAUUCCCAAUACAUGGAGGCGAUUCAAGGGUCAAGUGUUGAGGAUUGUUCCUCCAUUUGUGGGAUCAUAUCUCAUUUAUACCUGGGCCACGAAUGAACAUGAAAUGUCAAUGAGGAAGAAUCCGGCUGACUAUGUGAAUGAUAAAUAAAUGGAAUUUGGAAGAGAGAAUUUCUGCUGAUGUACCACGUGUAUUCCUAACUAACUGCUAACUUUCACUGAAAUAAUUGUCUCUAUGUUCAGAAAUAAAAUAUUUAUAGUAUA